CUCGGAGCUGUGGGAAUGUGGCAUGUUUAAAUGUUCUACUAAUUUUCGGUAAAAGUUGGUUAACUGGGUUAAUUAGCAUCCUUACGAUUUACCUGAUACCUGUCAAAUAGCUCGUAUACGUACACCAACCUCUAAUUAUGGCAGCAGACGAAGACUUGUCGUAUUCUGAUGAUGCGUAUGAGAUUGAAGAUAAAGAGGAUCCUGAUGUAAUAAAUUCAGCAGACCCUUAUAGCGACUACCAUCAACAAAUACUUUUCUAUCGCAACUUUGACUCUGUCGCUGGACGAGGUCUUCAGAGACCCAAAGUGAGACAUACUUAAUAUACUUAACUGUCACUUUGUUUUAGACACGCAGACGAAGAUGGACUCAGAGAGAUAUGACUAAUGCAUACAAUGCUGUCAAAUAUCAAGGAAUGUCUUUGCGUGGUGCUGCUACCGCUUUUAAUGUUCCUGAAUCGACUCUUCGCGACAGAGUUCAUGGAAGAGUUAGUUUAGAGUGCUCUCGACCUGGUCCUCCAACUUUUUUCACUUAUGAAGAAGAAAAGAAAAUGGUCGAUCAUAUUUUAUUCAUGAGUAAAAUUGGUUAUCCGUACACAAGGAAUCAGGUUGUCGAACUUGCUGGAGAUAUGACAAAGGCUGUUGGAAGAAUCGCUCCAUUUAAGUAUCUUAAUCCGAGUCAGGCAUGGUUUUAUGCAUUUCUUAACCGUUGGCCGGACUUGAAAAACUUCUUGUUCGGACCUCGAAGCAAUAGGAAGUCUAAGGGGGUUUCAGGGGAUUCAAUACAGUCUUACUUUGAACAACUGGAAAAGGUUCUUAAUAAAUAUGGCAUCAAAGACAAAGCAGAACAUUUUUGGAUUGUUGAUGAAGUCAGCAUAAGCUGUGAGAAUCAACCUCCACGUAUUCUUCCUAUCAGUAUACAACGAGCUCAGUCUGUAAGCUAUUGGAAUCCAACUGUAGCUAUGCUUGGAGCUGCUAAUGCCGUUGGCGAAAAAAUUCCCCCAUUUUUGAUUUAUCGUGGUGAUGGAAUAACAUCAACUAUGAUGGAAGGUUCUGUACGUGGUACCAAAUUUUCUUACUCAUCAUCUGGCUGGGUUAAUUCUGAUGCUUUCAUACAAUGGUUCCUUAAACAUUUCCGACUGCUGGUAUCUGUUCGUCCAAUUAUUCUAUUUUAUGAUGGCCACUUACAAUUUGUCAGUGUUCGUGUAUUAGAACGUGCUCGUGAAGAUGGUGUUUUAUUGUUUCCACUUCCUCCUCAUCCAGCCUACAAUCACUGUGUAGAAAAUACAUGUUUCUGGGCAUUCCAGGGAUACUUCAAAAGACGUUUGGAUCGCUUUUUCGAAAAAAAUCCUAACCAACCACUUGUACGCAAUAAUGCCUCUCCGGUACUAACACAUGCCUAUGAAAAAGCCCUAAAUGCUCAGAACAUGAUCGCUUUAUUUGAAAGAUUGGGAAUUUGUCCGUUUAACAACUUAUCCGCAUCCAUUGGUGCAUAUACUACUAUGCAGAUAGAGGAAUACGAACAAGGCAGUAUGACUGGAGAGAAUAGUGAUCCAUAUCUAGUCAAUGAAGCAAUGAACCCUUACUGUCAGUUCUCUAAACUAGAAUGUCCACCAAGCUACCUCAACUAUGUAAAUACAAGCAUUGUAAAUGGUGGCGAUUCAAAAGAUCAUAUUAUCAAUACUUCUAUUGAUCCAUGUUAUCCAAACUCUACUCUGCCUAAGUUGACGACCACUCCUGCAACAGAAAACCCUCAAAAUAUUUUAACAUCUAAAUCUAAUGCAUUCAAUUGCAAACAGAAUGUGUCAUCUCAUGAAAAUAAUUUCAAAACAACGCAUGCUGUUGUAACACAGUAUUCGCCUUCUGGACGAUCGGUAACUAUACGUUUGCAUGGUCCUGCAGCAGGUGCUAUUCAGCCCGUCUCAUUGCAUGCAAGUGGAACGGUAUUAAUUCUGAAGAGUUAUUUAUUUUUAAGCAUUCUUCUAUAUUCAUUUGUCUCGAAGGUGGUACUUUGCUUUUAUUCCAUUCUCCCAAUACAUUCAUAUUUGAUUUAAACGCAUCUCAUAUAUAUGCAUAUAUAUAUAUAUAUACUUUAUUGAGAAGCAAGUAUUACUUCAUUAUGCCCAAUACUACAUUAUAUUUUA